UCACUAUCAUUAGACACCAUCCAUCACGCCAUGAUGCCAUUUUUGUAAAUAGCCUUGAUGGUUAGGGUAUAUGUUUAGUCAAAAAUUCUUCUCUAUUUCUCCGCUGUUCAGCUCUCUUAUGAGAAAUCUUCCUGUUACCGGUCUGACUCUUUACCAAUUUCCUUCAAUUCACUAAGCCUAAAGCUUCAAUCUCUCCAAAUAUCCCAACCCAUAAACAGAAACUCUCAAAAUGGCCUUAAGAAUCCAACUUUUAUGCCCAAAUACCCUCUCACAACUCAUAACAUCCCAAUCUUAUCCCUUUCCAACUGCAUCCCAUUUCAUCUGCAGACUUAGAACCCAAAUCCCAUGCACCAACAACAGAAUCAGUGAUACUGAUCUUGCAUCAGAUUUGGCUACAGAAGUGACAAAGAUAAACACCCAUUUGACGCAAAGAGAAGAGGCCAUGAUGAAGAGCAAAGAAUUACUAUUCACUGAGCUCUGCCACUAUUUGGCUAUGGAAAAGGAGGAAGUGAAGAGGAAAUGGGGCAAACUGGAUCAAGAGGAGAAGUGGGUUUUGGUUAAGGGGUUUGUUGAUGAGUGGGGUGUCACUUUUCAGCCCUUGUCUGCUAGGUCUGUCAAAGAAAUGAUUGAAGAGUAUUUGAUUGAAGAGAAGCCAUCUUCAAAUUGUUCUUCUCUGUUUACUGAUUUGAAGAGGAUAAUAGGGCUUUCUCAAAAUGAGUGAACUUGGUUUAAGAUGAUGUGGGUCGGUAAUAUAGUUAUAGGAAUCUAAUUGGAAUACUAAUUCCUUCUCUAUUUGUUGCUAAUUUGAUUGUGAUUGAAUAUUGAGUUUCAAUUUCAACCCAUUCAAUUUUCUCUUUCUGUUCUGCACAUUCGCUUUACUUUCUUCUUUCUUCAGUGGAGAGGUAACAAAUUGAACUGGAAGAAAUUUGCACUACCAUGCACAUGGAUAAGCAUCAUCAGCAGAAGUAGAAUGAAAUCAGUUGCAUCUUACAAAUAUUUUCCCAAGACGCAAGCUGUAGAUCUUCAGUGUGUAAUUUGCUAAAUGUAUUACAUUUCACUCUUGUUCUUGGUCUUUUACCUUAAUUCAUGAGUUCAGUGUUGAAAUGAAAUGUAUGGAUGAUUUAUCCUUUCAAAUUGUAAAUGGCUUAACUGGUUCGUUGCA